AUUUGCAAGUCAGCAACGUCAGAUUGCGUUUUGGUCCUCAUUUCUUACACCUGCAGGUGAAACCAGACGAGCGCGAAGGACGGAAAGAACUCUGCAAUCUCGGGGAAGCUAGGGAGAAGCGAUGGACAAUCCUCUCGUCACCGAUAUCCCGCUUGAUCAAAUGGAGAAUUUGAAUCACUUUGCCUUCGGAUGGCUCGACUACGCGCUCUUCGGCCUCUUACUGCUCGUCAGCGUUCUCAUUGGCGUGUACUUUGGCUUCUUCAGCAAACAAGACAGCACAACGGAGUAUUUCCUUGGCGGUAAACGGAUGGGAUGCUUUCCCGUCGCGAUGAGCAUCACGGCUAGCCACAUCUCGGGUAUCAGCUUGCUGGGCAUACCCACGGAGGUCUUUCAUUACGGAAGCCAGUACGCCGCAUGCGUGAUCACGUCAAUUCUCACCGCUGUCGUCACCUCUUACGUUUUCCUGCCUGUGUUUUACAAGUUGCAACUAACCAGCACCUUUGAAUACCUGGAGAUCAGGUUCACCAGAUCGGUCAGAAUUCUCUCUUCGGUGCUGUUCACCAUCUCGCUCUUCAUGUACUUGCCCAUUGUCAUCUAUGUACCUGCCCUCGCCUUUGCGCAAGUCAGUAAUCUGAACGUUCACGCGAUAACACCGGUACUCUGUAUCGUGUGCAUCGUUUAUACCAGCAUUGGUGGUCUAAAGGCAGUGGUAUGGUCGGAUACUGUACAAUUUUCCGUAACUGUCGGCGGACUUUUUGUGGUUCUUGUGCUGGGAAUACUAUCCGUUGGCAGCGUUGAGCAAGCAUGGAGGAUUUCCGGCGAAGGCGGUCGUCUCAUUUUCUUUGAUAUGGAUCCGAGUCCGUUGGCGAGGAAUACUUUUUGGAGUAUGACUAUAGGUAUGACGGUAAUAUGGCUCGGACACCUUGGUAUUCAUCCAGGUACAGUGCAGAGAUUUCUGUCAGUGCCUAGAGAAAUCGAUGCCAAACGCGGCAUUGCAAUUAGCGCGGUAGGGAUGGUAAUCGUCAAACUGAUCUGCGUAUUCACCGGAUUAAUCAUGUUCGCUAAAUAUCAUGAUUGCGAUCCUUUCUUAACCAAGUCGAUAAGUCGCACGGACCAGACUCUACCGUACUAUGUAAUGGACGUUGCUGGGCAUCUGCCAGGACUUCCAGGAUUAUUCGUAGCGGGCCUAGUGAGCGCCGCACUUGCGACUAUGAGUGCCAGCUUGAAUACCAUGUCCGGUACCAUUUACGAAGAUUUUAUAAAUCCGCGGAUCCCAGAUAGUCCCAAAAAAGAAGCUAUGGCUGCCAACAUUAUGAAGGGUGUCGUCGUAGUAGCCGGGGUCAUCUCGGUUGGUUUGGUGUUCCUGGUCGAGCGGCUAGGACCAAUUUUCCAAAUAGCUGUAAGUAUGCGUGGCGUAACCGACGGACCCUUAUUUGGCCUCUUCGUGUUAGGAAUGCUAGUACCCUGGGCGAAUGCUAAAGGAGCGUUGUUCGGCGGUUGCGUCGGUCUGAUCAGCAUGCUUUGGCUGGUGGGAGGCGCUCAAUGGCACACCAUGCACGAUAGAAUCAAAUAUGAUGCGUUACCCACGUCGGUGGACGGUUGCCCGUUUAACCUGUUGAAUCAAACCUUUUCGACCACGACAACUAGUCCGCCCACUUGGAUAGACUCCAGCGAGAAACCCAUGAUACUUUUUCAAAUAUCCUUCAUGUAUUAUAACAUGAUAGGAGCGAUGAUCGUUGUCGUCGUCGGCACUAUCGCGAGUUACGUUUGCGGCAUGGAUCUUGGGAGCGUAGAUCCCGAUCAUAUUACACCGAUGAUGAAAAGGUUUCUUCCUUCCCAAAGAUAUGCCCAAGUAUCGUUGAAAGCAGUACCACCGUCGCUUGACGUUGCACCAGAGAAAAACUGAAGAAAAAACGAUCGAAUGAAAUAUAAUCACGCGGAUCGCGCGCAGCACGUAAUUAGUUGAGUUAAAAGUAAAUUGGUAGAUGGAAUCAAUCUGAAAAAUUUCGAAAAAUCGCGUGCAAGUGAACAAUAAUCUUCAUUCUGAUAAAGAUAAUAAUCCAUCUGCAGUAUAGAAUCUGCGGUAUGCCAAUGAUCCGUUUUCAAAUCACCUGACUGAACCAGUGCGACGCGGCGCGGCGCGGCGCGGCACGACUCACGUCUCGCGACAAAGGGUCAGUGUCUUUUAUCGAUUAACAGACGCAUGCGCCAACUAUCCUGCUGUCACACGUGCCAGGUCGCGGUUGUUUUCGUCCUCUCGGUAUCCCACAGCGUUCCUCGUUACGAGGCAUCGAUUAAUCGCGAUUGCCGUGUCUUUCUUAGAUUCUCAAGCCAAGAAUUACGAAGAUUGAGUGCUACAAGAAAUGUCUUUCGUCAUAUUUCAACAAGUAGCGUUACCAUUAAAUUCCGUUUGACAUUAGGAAAGAUACAAUAAAGAUACAAGACUUGAUUACAAUAGAUUUUUUAAUAUUGUUGGGAAGCAAGUUGAGUCCAAGAAGUGAUGAACGAGAACAAAAGAUACCGAGGAGAGCGACAGACGUUUUAAAAUGGACAACGAAAUUCAGCAAUGAAAAUUGGAGUCGUGGACAUUGGAGGGGAGGAGUUACGCAAGUUACGUCCCUGAAGAUGUUGAUCAUCGGGGUUGCUCGGGGAUGGCCGCGUGUCCUCGCGGAUAGGAUGGCGACCGCGCCUACACGUGGAACGAGAGCUGUCGGGGAAUGUCAAAUGCCCUCGCGGAUUAACGAGAAUAAGCGUCGAUAUAACGCUUCACGGCGUCCUCGCGACAAUUUUGCAAGCGGGUGACGUACCGUGUAACAUGGUCGAUACCCUUCGGGUGACAAACUAUCAGGAGUGUCGCAGAUACAGCAAAGAUCGCUGUGUGUCCAAUGCGCGCGAGGGUUGGAAUGAGAAAUUUUUAUCGGCUACGCGUCCAAGAUGAACGUCGAAAAUCGAGAAUUCAAUGAUACAUAUCAUUGUAAACGUGGUGACAACAAAAUAUGAAUGAUUGUUUGUGGGAAAUCGAUGGUUGAGCACACAAAUUUUCGAAUUGAUUGCGACUGUUCGAACACAGACAGUAUACAGUAUGUACAAUGGGAAAAAUCUAUCCCUCGGAAGAAUUUUGAUAAAUCUCGGUCAUUGUGUUUGAUCGACUAGUCGGUAGGUAGCAGCAAAACGAGUGGCAUGCAUGCUGAAACACAUCCGCGCUUCGUCUUUAAUAAUAGAUAAAAACCGUAGGCAUUCGUGCCGGAAAAAGAACAGAAACCGAGAACAUCCUAACAGGGGGAGAGAGAGAGAGAGAGAGAGAGAGAGAGAGAGAAGGAGAGAGAAAAAGUAGCAGCUUCCAGUUUGGCCGAUGCUGAUGGAAUUAAGUUUGACGCGCUUCAAUUUUAUUAUCAAUUGUAUCUCAAUCUCAGAUGAUUCGAGCGACUGAAUUGAUUAAUAUGAAGAAUAUCAUCCAGAGAGUAUUAUGAAAAAAAAA